AUGGCACCCCACCGCGAGUCUAACUUUUCCCUCAGCCAGAGCGGCAGCUAUGGAUCUAUCACCAGUAGUUUGGCCAAGAUUGAGAAUGAGAAGAAGAAGUUGCCUCCUACUACCGGCAGUCCAGACCAGGAUCAACUGCGACUGCUGGAAGCGUACCAAGACAAAGAUCUCGACCCAAGCAUGUCACAGCACCAACAAACUGGAGGCAACGAAAACAAUUCUCGUUCGCAGUGGCGUCAAAUGGCCAUCUGUCUGUUGUGUGGAUUGCUGGGCGGGUUGCUGCUCUCUAGUGCGUGCUUUUCUGGAGAACUUUCACGGAACACCGUGCGCAGCAACCAAUCUUCUUCAGCUGCAAGCAGUCCACAUCCGAGCAAAGAUCAAGACCAGGUUUCGGACGACCUGGAUCGUUUUGAGUACAUUGUAGUGGGUGGAGGACCGGCUGGCAUCCUGGCAGCUUCGAGGUUGGCGAGAGAAAUCCCCACUGCUCGAGUGGCUCUGCUCGAGUCUGGCACAACCAGUCAAACUUCCGUUCUGGCGUCAUUGUCGAAACAGCAAGCCAAGAAAAGACGCAAACAAAGGGCGGAAUCAGAGGCAGAAACAACAGCAACAAUCAUUAAUGUCGAAGGAACCACGGAGGGUUUGACAGUAGGAGAGGCGUCGUCAAGUGCAGGUCUUGUAGGAGGUGCUCUAGACAAAUUUGACUGCCCGUUAAUGUGGAGUGCUGUGGCAGGGACAGAGCGAAGAAUUCAGCAGACGUUUCAGUUGCAACCGGAUCCCAAAACAUCCACAUACUGGCCCGUUCCUGGAGUGUUGUUGGCACGGGGGCUGGGAGGAUGCGGUUUGCACAAUGCAAUGAUCUACGUGCGAUCCCUCCCCUCUUGCUUUGAGAAAUGGAACUUGACCAACUGGGACUUUUAUGAGCACAUGCUCCCAGUUUACAAGGCAUUGGAAACGUUUGUGCCGUUCAGCCAGCUACCGUCCACACUCGUUUCUAACAAUCAAACCGGAACCUCAACAACGAGAGGAGACUGGCUUGAGCAUCGGGGGCGCAAUGGUCCCAUCCGGACUUCGACUGCAGGUCCGCAACUCGAUAAAGUUGGAGAGUAUUUCAUUGAGAGUGCCCUGGCCAGCGGCUUGCCCUGGGCAGGUGCAAAUCAUACUGGUGGUGGUGCCGGGAGCUUCAAUCAUAUCGGUGAGGACGACCGGAUAGGUGUCGGGUACUACGAAUUCAACAUUCGCAAUGGAGUGCGCCACUCGGUCGCCAAUGCCAUGUUGGGCAUUCGAGGCAGCACGCCAACGUGGAAAUUUCCUCCGCAAGAAGCAUCUGCUGAAUCGUCGAAACAACAAUACACAACGAUCAACGACGAUGGGAUUCCCUCCAACCUCCUAGUUUUGAUAGGCUACACAGUGACUGAACUGAUGUGGGACAAGUCAACCAUGAAUGGAAUCGAAAAACCGAGGGCACGGGGCGUAUCGUUUGUCAACCACGCCAACGGUAAGCAGGGCAACAUAUUACUUCGCCAAUCAACCGGAACCAAGGGACCUUUACCUCAAGUUAUAUUGGCCGCUGGAAGCAUCAUGACCCCACAAGUUCUCUGGAACUCGGGUAUAGGUGACGGAGGAUCGGUUGCUAAUCUCACUGGUGUAGGCAAAAACCUCAUGGACCAUCCAGUGCUAGGCAUGGCCUACCAGCUCAAUCCCGAAAUAACUCAAGAUGCAACUCCGCUGUAUGCCGUAGCGGAUGAAAUGGAAGAUUAUGCCCUCGCAGUUCAAGUUUUGAACAGCCUGGACGACCAAACACAACCCGACAACAAUCAUCCUGGGGGAUCAGGUUAUCACCACAACCACGACAGGGAAGAAUUGGAAUCCAAACUUGGCACCUUUGGCACUCCCGGGUUUUCGGUUGGAGCCUUUUUGCGAUCGCCGUGGGCAGAAAAAGAAUCUCGACCAGGAGCUUCGGCACCACCAGAUAUCCAGUUGACAGUCUUCCCGCGGGUAAUAGAACCUCAUCAACCCAACGGUAAGGUGAUUGUUGACACCAACUUGCUGCAAUCCAAAGCGAUGCUUGUCACAGUUGCACUGCUACAGCCGGAUGCACGCUAUGAAGUAAAACCCGGAAACAUGAAGAGCUUACGCUCGGCUUCGCAUCCGGUCGACCAAACGGCAAGCAAUAACACGUCGCAAGCUACGGCUACAAGCAAGGACGCAAUCGCCUCUGCCUUUGCCAAUGCCCUGCAAUAUCCACUUCCAUCAAUCGUCCUUCCCAAAGGCAAAAAGGAGUAUCUCACAAACAAGGAUGUAGAGCGCUUGGCAUGGGGGAUGCGACAAGCCCACCGCAUCAUGACGUCUCACCCCAUGUCCAACUUCACCAAAACCCAAAUCUAUCCAGGUCCCAGUGUCAUGGACGUGGAGGGCGCAGAAGAAACCUUGCAUCAAUACAUCAGGGCUAAUCAACUUGCGAACAGCCACUGGGUAGGCACGGCAAAGAUGGGCAACGAUGACGAUCCCCUUGCCGUCUUGGAUGAGUCCUUGCGUGUACGGCUUGUAGAUGGAUUGCGAGUUUUUGAUGCAGCAGCCAUCCCCUACGUACCCAAUGGAAACACUCAUAGUACAGUUUGUGCAGUUGCCAGUCGAGGUGUUGAUCUGAUCCUGGCCGAAAGAAAAGCUGCUGAAAGAUGA